GAUUUAUCCAUUUUCAGAAUGGAAGCUCAAGGGGAAAAAACUCACACCUGUGGGACAAUUUGUCUGAAAUAUCUACUUUUUCUCUUUAACACUCUUUUCUGGCUGGCAGGAGGGGCUGUGUUGGCGGUGGGAGUGUGGACCCUCGUGGAAAAGACUGACUACAUCAGUUUACUCAACUCCAGCCUCUAUUCAGCCUCGGUUUACAUCCUCAUAGCUGCCGGAGUCAUCGUGAUUCUGACGGGAAUAGUGGGGUGCUGCGCCACUCUGAAGGAGAGGAGGAGUCUGUUGAUUGUGUAUUUGGUUUUGUUAUUCUGUAUUUUCCUGGUGGAAAUCAUCGCUGGUGUACUGGCUUUCAUAAACUACCAUGAAUGUUUCCCUUUCUGCCACCAGCUGGAUGAGGAGCUCAGACAGAACCUGCAGGUGACCAUGCAGCAGAAAUACCAGCAGCUGGGAGAGGAAAGCAUCACACAGGCUGUGGACAAGCUACAGCAGGAGUUUAAGUGUUGCGGAAGCUACAAUUCCUCAGACUGGUCAGAAAGUGUGUGGAUCCAGGGAGCAGGGAAUGACCGGCUCGUACCUGAUAGCUGCUGUAAAACUCCAAGUGAACUUUGUGGCCACAGGGACCAUCCCUCAAACAUCUACAAGGUGGAGGGAGGUUGUAUCAUGAGAUUAGAAGAAUUCAUCCGGAGUCAGUUAUAUAUUCUUGGAUCAGUAGGCAUUGGAAUAGCUUUUCUACAGCUUGUGGGGAUGAUGUUCACUUGCUGCCUUUAUCGGAACCUAAAAGACGAUCCAUACUAAUUUUGGACUCAAUCAUUUUUUUCCUCUAUUUGAAGUUUGGUUGUGUUAUCAAACCGACUUAUGAAAUGAAUGUGACAGUCACCAAAAUGCUGCAGGACAGCACUACAAAAUUCCAAUGAAGGAGUAUAUAUAUCUUCCAAACAACAAAUGUAUUUCUAACACAUGCACAGAAAGAGAGAUGACAAACGUGACCUUAUUGUGGAUUCUGCACCAGUUCUGAGUUGGGUGUUUUUUUCCCCCUGUACCAUAACACAUUUUGCAAGGUUAUAAUGAAUAUCAAAGCUAUGUUUGUUGGGGAGCAAAUAAAAGAUUUUCAUGUCAUUCCCAAAGAACGCCUCAGAUAUGUGAGCUUUUGUACUGAAGGGACUGAAGCGGAUGUUGUUGUCAGCUGACUCCACUUCCGCAUCGCUCCGUUUCGCCAACAUUCUUUCAAACAAAGAUUAAUGAAAUGUCGGCCAAGCCAACCUGUUUGAUUGUGGCGAGUGCUGCUCCUCAAGGAGUGUCGGCGAAAUCUUUUCUUCAGUGCUUCAGUCUGUGUAGCACAGCGUUUAAUCUGCAGACCGCAACACCCGGGGGGAAGCCAAUAGACUUUGUAGGAGUUGAUGAUAGCACAGCCAGAUGGGUGCAGGACUUCAGUCUGAAAUCCUACGCAACACCGGCCAAACUGGAAUCUAUAGACGGUGCCAGAUACCAGGCUCUGCUCAUCCCGGACUGCCCCGGUGCACUGAACGACCUGGCACACAGUGGCUCUCUGCACCGCAUUCUCACACAAUUCAUCUCUCAGCAAAAGCCUUUGUGUGCCGUGGGACAGGGAGUUUCAGCUCUGUGUUGUGCCACUGAAGAGCAGAGGUGGAUCUUCAGCGGUUACAGUUUAACAGGGCCAUCAGUGUUUGAACUGGUGCGGGAUCCCGACUUUGCCAACCUGCCUCUGAUUGUGGAAGACUUUGUAAAGGACAGUGGUGGAUCAUACACAGCAAGUCAAGAAGACGCUGUGCACGUAGUCGUAGACAGACACCUAAUAACUGGACAAAAUAUUCAGUCCACAUCACUUGCUGUAAAUAAUCUAAUUCUGCUUUGUAGUGCCAAAUAA